ACGGCCCGGAACGGCCCCGCCGCCACAUCCGGAGGCGGAGCGGGAGGAGGCGGCCACGGCGCCGGGGAGCGGCCGGGGCAGGGCCCGGCCAGGAGGGGGACGCGAAAUGGCGGACGCCGCCUUCCCGCCAAGCAUGGCGAGUGGUGGCCUGAAACGGAGAAUCCAGUUAACUGGGUUUAGAAAAAGAGAGAAGAAAGCACUAGUUGAGUUGCUGUUCAAACUGGACUGUGUUUUCUUUGAUAAUAAGAAAUACAGAAAUUGUACACAUCUGAUAGCGAAAAAGCUUUGCAAGAGUGAAAAGUUCUUAGCUGCCUGUGCUGCAGGAAAGUGGAUACUAACUAAGGAGUACAUAAUUAAUAGUGCCGAAAGUGGCAGAUGGCUUGAUGAAACAACGUACGAAUGGGGAUAUAAAAUUGAAAAAGACACCCAUUAUUCACCUCAAAUGCAAUCUGCACCUAAAAGAUGGCGCAAAGAACUGACACAGUCUAGUGCUCCAGGGGCCUUCCACAGAUGGAAAGUUAUCCUCGCUGUUAAGAAAGGUGAUAAACGAAUGAAGUCUAUUAUAAGAGUUCUGCAAGCUGGAAAGGCAACCAUAUGUUCAUCCCAAAAUAUGGGGAGAGAUAUCACUCAUAUAUUCGUCCGUAAUAAGUUUUUUCUUAUGCAAAAUGAAAAACGUUUAUCUGAAGAUCAGUGCUACCCUUUGCAGUAUAUAGGAGAUUACCUUUUGGAGAAGGAAAUGCAAAAUAUUGAAGUUACCCAAAUGAACCGUUUCCUGCCUGAACAAGAAACUGACCAAAAUGAGUCUAAUGUGAAGCUUGUUGAACUGAGAAAUGCUGUGAUAAAACAUAUGUAUUCUGCCGAGACUGCUAAACACAAAUCUGCUCAUAAAGACAAGUUGAAUAAAUGCAAUCCAAAGGUUAAAAAUACCAGCCAGUCCAGAGCUAUUUGGCACAUAUUUGAAGGAUUAGUCGAAGAGCGUUUAUUACCUGAUGUAAUCUCAGAACUUGCUGCUGUUCAGAAGUACUCUAUACCUCCUGUGCAUUUUUUUCAUUCUCUUCUAGAACAUGUCCUGUUGGGCAAUACUGAUGCAGUAUUUCUUGCUAAAUUUCAUCAUGUUUUGUACCUUGUUCUCCAACUUGAUCCUCCUUGGAAAUCCCCAUCUACAUUAAGAUAUUAUUUGGAUUGUCUUCAGUGUCCUAUCUGUAAGAAAGGCACGUGGUCCUUUAUAGAGAUGCUUGUAAGGUCUUGCCUUUAUUGCAAAACCAUUUGUCAUGCAGUCCCAGUUUCAGGAAAAGCAGAUGAGCAGAGGAUAGUUCACAAAACAUUAUUAAAGUUUUUCUUUGAUUUAGUAAAAGCUGAAGUAGAGUUUCUGACAAAAAGUUUGGUUGAAGAGACCAAUUCACAGCACCAGCAAGUAAUGCCACAGACAGUUCUUCUGAAAACCUUUUGGCUGGGAAGCGAAACCUCAGUGCUUUUCACCAAACACAUAAAUAUUCUAGCAGAUUGGGUCAUACUUUCCCAUAGAGAAUUGAACAGAACAAAUGAUGCUUUCAGAUGUGAAAUAGCUGCUCUAUUAAAGGCAAUUCUUGGAACUGUAGUGGAGUAUUGGAUCAUCUCAGGUUUACUCAUGGACCGAAAUGUGUUUUGUGAAAUAGCUGAUGAUUUAGCACAAUACGUUGCCAUUGCUUGUGAUGAUUUUUCAACACAUGAUUUACAAACGUUCAUUUGUACCAUGCCAUCCCUCUGGCUUCAAAUGUUUGUGGCAGAAGCAGUUUUUAAAAACCUGUGUUUACAGAGGAAUGUAACUAUUUCUACAGAACCUCUUUCUCUUCAGAAAAUAGUCUGUUCCUAUUUGCCUGCCUUGAGAGAGGUAGGGAUGUGUGAGACAAGAAAGAUGCAUAAAACAAAGAAAAAGAAAAUAGGGCAUUGGCCAUGCCCCGAGUCUCAAAGGGCAUUACAGAUGCUAAAUGGUGGUAAGCAGAACCAAGUCAAAGUGCUGCCUGAUCUACCUGACUUAAUGUUUAGUAAGUGCCGUACAAGGAAGCGUAGAGCAAGGGAGAAAGUUGGGGCUUCAGACACCAAAGAGAAUUGCUACAUUUUGGCUGAAGAGGCGCAUUUUUACAGGAGAAAUGUUAAAGGAGAGACAGCCCUGCAUGAAGCUUGCAUAAGAAACAAAGUGGAGAGAUUGAUUCAGCUUCUCUCUUCCCCUGGAAUAGACAUUAAUGUUAAAGACUAUGCUGGCUGGACGCCUUUGCAUGAAGCCUGUAACCAUGGCAGCACAGUGUGUGUCCGUGAAAUUUUGCAGCGUUGUCCAGAGGUAGACCUGCUCAGUCAAAUGGACGGGGUGACUCCUUUGCAUGAUGCACUGUCAAAUGGACACAUAGAAAUUGGCAAGCUGCUACUUCAGCGUGGGGGACCAGUCCUUCUACAGCAGAGGGACUCCAAUGGAAAAUUGCCGCUGGAUUAUGUUCAGUCCCUACCAGUAAAACAAGAACUUUUGAACAUUGUUCAUCCAGAAGAAAAAAUUGAAAGAUUCUAUGAACGCAUUGAACAAGAUUACUGCAGUCAGCAGAGAGAACUGUGGUUGAUUUUAUUUAACAAGAUGCUGCUAAAUUUUUGUUCGGUUUUUAAUCUGUUUUCACCCUUUACUUCAACUCUCAGAGAGGUAGCUUGUUCCAGUAGACUUCCAGUAAGGGCUCGUGAUUACUAUAAGAUGGAAAGUACAUUUUCUGCAGAUUGGCUAGUAGAUAUGUACUUUAGAGAGCUAGAAACUUUUAAAAAGCUACCACAGUUUCUUCAAGAGAUAUCUACAAACAUAUUUAUUUUUCCAGGAGAACAGAUGAAGGCUUUAUUAGCAACUCUAGAAACUAUGGUAGAGGCAAAUCAGCUCUUUACUUAAGUCCUUAACUGGUAGCUUCCAAAACCAGUUACCAUUAGUUAAAUCUUGAUGGCUGGCCAUUGAUAGUUGGCAAACAGACUUUCUGGCAACUAAGAAGUACAAAUUUCACAGCCCUACAUGUUUUUAUCACCCAUGACAUCAAUACUUUCCUCUAGUCAAACCUGGAAAUCAGAUGUAUUCAUUCCGUGCAUUUUUUUUCAGGCAAAAUUUAUCUAGCAUUGCCUUCUAGUUGUCAGACAGAUCUGGAGGCCUGUGACCACCUCAGUACCAUGUGCACUAAGUAAAACUUUGCCUUUUCUAGCAUGGGAAUCUUUAUCAACAGUCUCAUGCCAUAGCUCACUUUGGUUUCCGAAGGCAGAGCCUCUGCUGUUAAACUGAGCUUGAUACUACACCAAACAGUUUUUCCUUUUUAAAAGUGUGUACCUACAUAUUUUAUUGUCUUUUAAUAAAACUGAUAUUCUACCUGUCAGUAAAAAAGAACAUAGGGAAAAAGAAAUUUAUUCUCUCCAUUUUUAUCUUGCUUAUCUUUGUCUUGUAACAAUUGAAAUUACGUUUAGGAAAUUACAUCUUGCGAAAUUAAAAACGUAAGGUAGGUAUACCUUCUGAUUUCAGAAUUGGUUUACUGUCAUUUCCCUAGUUUUUGCUAGUUUCUUAGAAAAGGUGCACCAUGGCACUCGCGGUCAUACUAGUUUGUGCAGUGACUACUCCAAGGAGACUGGCUGAGGUGCUCAGGCGUUAUACAGGACUCCAGUUGGUGUAUCACUGACUGGAGCUGUAAAACCAUCAGGACAUCCUUCUGCUUCCCAGGCCGGGGAUGCUGUGGAGGGCCAAAUGCACCUUCAGCGUAACGUGUGGUAUCACUGGCUCUGCUCUCACUCAUGCUGGUUCGCAGUGGUUUGAUAAAUCCAGGAUGCCGGCAAUGCAUAAAAUCGUCUUGGUAACAUGCCUGGGACUAAAGAUGCUGGUGGAAGUAGUGGUACAAAUCUAGCUAUGUUGGCAGGGGAAUUUACUAAGGAUUAGACAAGACAGUUUAAGUAUGUCCUGGGCAUCAGAUUCUGACACUAAGCAUGGAUCUCCUUAAAAAUUACAGCCCAUUUAAUAUGAGAAUUUUGUUCUCCAUUCUAUGAAUACAUGCAAACUACACAUGAUAAAUCCUCUAAACUAAUCCUCUAACCUAAUUUGGGAUUGUGUGCUACGUAUUCUAUCAGAUGGUCCUUUUAAUUAAUUAAGAAAAAGAGAAAAUCCUGUGCAGUUCUUUAAAGGUAUCGAGGCUCCUGCAGCAGCUGAACUGUGUAAUUGUGCUGUAUGAGGCUGGGGAUCUCAAAGAGAUGCAUAUUUUGGAGAGCUCUUUCUUCACAUUUAUGUAGCAACGACUGUUCUUCUUGACACGCAUCUUGGUAGAGGUUGAGUAACAAAAUUGUUUAACACUAGGUCUGAGAAGAUAUGCUUCCAAGGGAAGUUUCUCUCUUCUCCUCUCGAGGGAAGAAAUGCUGCCUUAGAAUGAGAACAACUGAUCCUUUUUUUUUUUUUUUUUUCCUAAUGGAUUCAGUAAAAGAUCAAGAAUAAUUCAAAAUCUUAGCCUUCAAAAGGAAGGUACUAAUUAGCAACGUUUCCAAUUCUUCUGUAGUAGCAAUUUAUAAUAUUAAAAAAAAGAACCUUAAAAGAAAGGGUGUGGAUAAUAGCUGCUUCUGAAAUUGAUGUUGCUUGACUAGAGGGAAUAAGUUACAUUGAUGCAGCUGGCUUGCAGCACAUUAAAACUUCCAUUUAGCCUUUCUGCAGCUGAGAUAUAUGAUCUCACAGCAAUUAAUCUACUGAAGAUGCUCAGGCUGUGUUGGUCUUGGAACCAGGCCUUCAUUACAAAUGUUCAGUGUUUAUUAAUGACUGAUUAUUAUUUUCAUAUAUACAUCCAGAACAGCCUGCCCUAAUAGAAUAAAGGGUCACCUCAUACUGGAUUUGUUUCUGUUUGUGCCCUUUUGGCUUUUUCUCCAGUAAAAGUAAAAAAGCAACACCCAAAACGCCUUUGUUCUGUGUAAGAUGAACUAACAACAAACUUCAGUAUUCCCCGUUGCAGGGCAUGAUGAAAGAAAUGCUAUGCACGUACUUUGUAAGGAAUGCAAAAUAUGUUGGCAAUAUUAAAGUUUUAUUUAAUUAUGAAUUUGGUAGGUAAUUCGGAACUUAAAAUAAUUGUGACUCAGAAAGCCAUGGGAAAAGAAUUGGGAUGGAUCUGAAAAAGCAAAUGUUUCAGAAUAUUCAUACCUAUUCCUAAUAUAGUAUAUUAGUGGCAGAAAUGAAAGCAAGAAAAGCAUUGUUUUGGCCUGAUAGAGGUAUUCUCUGCUUAAUCCAAGUUAUUCUGUACAGUUAUUUGCUGUUAAUGUUGUGUGGUUGGG